CCAUUUUCCCUUUUUCCCAGCAACUUCCGUCUUACAGCUGAUAACGUAUCCCUGCAACAGUUGUUAAUGUAGCUGUAAAAACUGCCUUUGUCCUCUAAAUUCAAUAUAUCUGAAUUCAAGCAAUCGCUGAUUCAAAAUAACUGAUGUCGAAAAUUUUUGUUCUGUGUCCCCUUUGGUUUUCUCUUCCUCAUAAAUCCAUCUUAUCCCUCAUACAGCACUUAUGUAGCACAGAUGUAUUGUCGGUGAAGGCGGAAAGAGAUGCUCUGCCUGCAAGGCUGCACUGUCGUGUCAGUUUUAACGCUGACUCUCAGGUCAGUUCCACUGUCAGAACAAGAAAUGCUCGUGACAACGGUGGGUUAUUUAUUCAUUUAACAUUAUGCAUUUUAAAAUUAAAAUGCAUGGUCCUUGAAUGCUCGACGUCAUAACCGCUACCGCUUACCACCGUGUCAAAUUAUGCAAAUUAUCAAAUGUUACACUGCGGUGGCCAGCGUUAGCUCCUUACGUUUCAUGGUAGGAAUAUAGAUUUUAUUCUGUGGUCAAAGUAAGCUAACCCUUAAUAAAUGACUGUUUAGCGUUAUCAAACCUUUUGUAAAUAAUUUGGCAAGGGUCUGCAUAUUGCUUUAAAAUGUUGAAGAGGAUAAAUUAAUUAUAAUAAGUCUUUCUACCGUUCGGGCAGGUCGGUGUAGCCGAAAAUGUGUACUAAACUGUGUUCACACAACAGCGUGCAAGGACUUUAGUCACUAAUCAUGACAAUCUAUACUAUGAAGUAUCACAACCGUAUCAAGCUCCUUCACCUGAAGCUGAAGCUGUUGGUCUCCCUCACCUUAAGCUAACAAGCCGGUGUUAACCGGCGAGCACACCUGGUGCUUGUCAGCACAGGGUGAAGGAAAGCCCAGGUUGCAUUUAAAUUCUGUCAAUGAGUUAACAGACUUACUUAUUACUGUAUUACUAUUUUUAAAAAUCCCUCCCCCAGAGUGUGACAUCAACAGUCCCUCAUACGCUUCCGCUCGCCUCACCUCUCCCUGCUUCAGCGUGGCACGAAUCACCCCUCCUAUCGGUGAGUGGGCUGCAAGUCAAAUUAGCUCUCCGUCAUCCUGCUCGCCGAGCGCACCGGAGGCUACUGCGGUAAGAUGCGGCGACGCACGAUGCCGAGCCGCGGUGGAUGAGAUGAUGCGCAGUGAGACAACAGUGACGGGAGAGACCGAAAAAAAGGAUUCACCGCUGUGUUCGGCUCUAAUUUAGACGAUGGGACAGACCUGAACGCAUAUUUGAUUUGUAGCGCUGUACCGCCAGUGGUGCAGGCCGAUUGGAAGGACGUGGUGGCGCUGAUCCCACUUAAGGAUGCUCCAGAGCCCGAGGAGGGCUGAAUUGGCUUCGUCUGUAAACAAUAAGGAAGCAGAGAGACAUCAAGUAAAGGACACGUAAUUCAAAGCCUGGACCUGAGACACUGAGGCAUCGACUGAGGUUGAUUUUUGACAGCUGAAUCAGUCCACAGCGAUGAGAGGCCAGCCGAUGGGGAGGGCGCUGAAGCUCUGAAGACGGCGUUACUGAGCAUCAGUCUGGGAGAAAAUAAACUUCUCAUUAUCCUCUCUAUCAUCAGCACUGACAGCUGGAUGUCUGACCUGGACGUUACUUCUCUUCACCAGGAGACUCUCAAAACUGAGGAGCAAUAAAGGGAAACAGAAGCACAACCCCAGCUCGCUGUCAGAGGACAACUUACUGUUUUUUGUUUUUUGUUUUUUUUUUUUUGGUGCAAAAAACUCAGACAUUGUCAGAAUAAACUGUUAAAACAUGAGAUUAACAGGAGAGUUAGUUAGAGUUAGCAGUGCCAGCAAAGUACUUUUUCUUUGUCAGAAUGAAUCAGUGAGAAAGUCUUGAGAGUAUUUCAGCUGUUUCAUAAUGCCCAGUGCAUUUUUUCUAAAUUAUAAUCUUUUUACCUUUGUGCUGCCUCACUCUGAAUCAAGAAUAGACUCUUGAUAGUGACAGCGUUCCCUCUCACAAAUGAGAAUUCAACACGACCUGACAGGCUGCAUUUGAAUAAAGGAUAAGUGAGGACAAACCAAUAAAACAUAGAUGAGGCCAACAACAAGCAUCAUGCUCCAGCAGAAUAACAACAACAACUAUCCCUGCCUGAACGUGUCAGGCUCCACCCGGGAGAUGCUCCAGAAGUGCUCCCGAGCCUCUCUGCCCUUCCCCAGCCGACUGGAGCUGGGUCUCGGAGACCUGCCGCUAAUCCGGGGCCUCAGAGCCUGGGCCCUGUGCUCCAAGAACCGCUGCAAGGCUGGUGGUCUUCUGGGAGGAGGACAGGCCCCCACAGCUCCACCUGCAGGUCGCGGGAGUUCAACCACAUGCCCCAGGCCUGCAGAUGUGUACCUGAGCGGGGAGUGGGGUCGCAUGGGGUAUGGGCUUCCCUUGGGGCUGGACACCCGACAGGCCGGAAUUGGAGCUUUGGUGACGGUUGCCACUCUUAAGACCUCUGUGGGCAGUGGGAAGACGCAGACUCAAUGCCUCUUCCUCCGGACUGAGAAAGGGAGCUGUUUGUACUCAACAUCUAAGCCUGGUUCUGGGGCGACUACAAGUGCAGUCUCCAGUGUAGUUGGAGGGUGGCUGAGAGGGAAGACAGGAGGAGGAGGCAGAGACGCUCCAGCGGGGAGGAGGGACAAUGGACAAACUCUGCCGGCACAGACCGGAGCAAACCGGGUUAGAGUGCGUUCAGGCCGGAGGUGGAGGAAGUCCGGUAAUGCAGCAGCCCGAGAGAAAACAGGCGUGAGCAGAGAGAGGCAGCAGAGGAGCAGAGAGGAUCCUGCAGGCGAAAGACAGGAAGAGCAAGACAAAGGAGGCCUGGACAGUAAACAGUUUCCCAGCCUGCAGCAGGAUGGCAGGAAAGCCAGACAGGAGAAAGAGGGAGCAUGCAGAAGUCCCAGAUGCUGCCACAAUGUUUCUCCUAAAACUUGCGCUCAGUGUGGAAGGCGAGCGCAGAGAAGGGAAAGCCAGGACGAAGGGGAGGGAGGUGAAAGUCCUGGAAGAGGCACCUCAAACGGGCCAAACGGUGAGGUGAAAGGAAUGAGGAAAGAGAGGCAAAAGAAUGAGGAGGAGGAGAAGGGAGGACUCUGUGAGUUAGAGUUUUCUAACCCUGUUUUGGCUCUACCAAACGCUGACCUAGAAUCUAACCGCUUUCACCCACAAUCCCCUGGUGGCUGUGAUGUUGAAAAGAUUAGAGAAUCUGACAGCAACGCAGAGCUGAAGACGCAAACCUCUCACAGGAAGGACAGCUAUUCAGAGAAAGAGCAGGAUUCAAACUCUGAAAUAAUGAAAAUACACACAGGAAACAGUGAAUUCAUUCAUGACCACUCUGGACAGUUGAUUGCUGACUUUAAAUCAAGACCUAGCAGAGGUUUUGAUGACAGAGAGCCAACUGAAGGUGAAGAAAUAAUGGCUAAUGUACAUGGCUUUUCUGAUUGUAUGGAAGCAGAUGAAGAAUCAGAGAAAGAGAUGGAGAAAGUGGAUGUUGAAGAGGAGGAAAGGACCAUCAAUCAGACUCCUGCUGAAUUCUCAGUCAUGUCCAACUGCUAUGAGGACAUCUCUGUCUCCACCCACUCUGCCCCCAUAAGCACUGCAGUUUCCCCUGAGUCCUCCACUUCUCUAGAGGGCAGCAUCUGCACUCCUGACAGUGAGGCUUGUUGGGUUAAGAGAGAGCAAGAGGAGCACCUUGAGGGGUAUCAUCUAGGGGAGGCAGAUCAUGGGAUCAUGGGUGUAGAAGAACUGGAUGUUGACCACCAAGAACCAAACAGUGUGGCUGACAAGAAUAACAAGCCUCAGCUUUUCUCUAAAACUGAGGAGAGCAACAGCCAGCUGGAGGAGAGAGAAGCUUCAUCUUUAUCUCUCAGUCACAAAGAUCCUCCCAUCUUUGAGACAGAUUGCAGGAUCGUAACAGAAAACAGCUGCGACUGUAGGGCAAUUGAGUCUGAGCGGAGAGAUGAGCUGGAGUCAGUGGAAGAGAAUAUAGAGGAGAGACUAAAUCCUGGGGAACGGGUUGAAGCUGAGGAGAUUUGGAGGAGAGAGUUCACCUGCGGUGAGCUGGACAAUAGUGAUGGUAAAGUUGAUAAUGACAAAGAAUGGCACUCAAAGGAUGAGAUACUUGGUACCAUACAGGAAGAGAACUAUAAAGAAGUCAAGAGAAACUGUGCACCAAACGGAUGCGGUCAAACAGGCAUCACCCAUGUUGAAGAAAAUGGAGAGACCAGCACUAACGUCUCUAGUGUUGCCUGUGCUGAUCCCUCCACCUCUCUUGCACUCUCCCCAGCUAAUCCUGACCCCUCUCCACCCCCCCUGGGAUCCAUGGCAACCAGCCUGCCCUGUCUGGAGGAGGGGGGGGGACUCCGAGCAACGGCAGGAGGCAGAGUUCAGGAAGAGAAGAGAAGGCACAGGAGAGAGCUGGAGGAGCAGGGUGAGGAGGAGAGGGGCUCCACCGUGGCUGCUUUGGAAGGAAGGAAAGAGGUGGAGGAAGAUGAGUUUGGAGUGUUCAUGCAGGCGGAGGGAGAGCCGGCCUGGAGCGAGGGGUUCACCAUGUCUGCCUCAGUGCCUUGUGGGAGCAGAGAGAGUGUCGCUCUUGGAAACCAGGCCGUCACUGGGAGUCGACCCACUGGACACCAGGCUGGACGGACAGCUCGUUCCACCAGGCAGAUGACACCUGGACAGCCUUUCCUCAGGAUUCGUCACAUGAGGGUCGAGACGUCGUGGGACAGUGGUGGCCGACCAGCGCUGUGGAGGAGAGGAGAGACAGGCUCUCGGCCAAUCAGAACAUGGCGGCUGUCUUUGCCGAAGCCUUCCCCUCGGUGCCUGGCUCGUCCUCAAGUGACUUCUGUGACCUCGAUACUGUUCCCACUCUGACCCAGCUCCUCAGGGGCCGAGCCAGCCAGGACCAGGGGCUGUUGGACAGUUUCCAUGACUUGAACAAAAUGAUUGGCCAGAGAUACAAGAGAGCCAAUGGUGUGUCCCGUGACCUGCUGUUGAAGACUUUACAUCUGGAGCAGCCA